AUGCCAUUUUACAACCGGGCAGUGGAACCCAUGCGUUUGACAAAGUUGAACGUUGAGGAUGGUGAAGUUGCUGCGCUUGGUGGUAGAGAUGGCUCCCUCAACUGGGUGGAUACAUUUCAGAAGACAGCGCUUGACUCUCUGGAAAAGACCUGCUGCCACGUAUUAGCUAACGUACUCCGGCAACUUUCAGACUUAUCACGAAACGCAAGUAAUAUAUUUUUCGAGAUAGAGACAGAAGCAGACUUGAUAACCGAAAGAUCCUCCAGAAUACAGCUCCGCGUGGAAACUUUACAGCGCACCUAUCGCAGGCGCAUGCGUGCCAAAAUUCCUGUGUCGAGCCUGGAUGAGGAGAGCAGAUGGACUGUGCACUAUGCUGCCCCCUGGAGGGAGCAGGAGGAUCUGCUCCUGCCCGGGACGCGGCCCACCUGCGUGGAGGAACUGCAUCGCCAGGCCAAGCUCAACCUGAAGCCCAACAUCUCAGAUUGUGACAAGCUGAGCAGGGAUUGGUGGCGCAGCUCGUGGUACUGCCCCCAGCACUCAACUCUUUCCACCUAUUCCCUCCAAUCACACGGCGCCUCACAACAAGACUAUGAGGAAGUCAAGAAGCCCACAGGGAGCUCUGCAGAGGAGCAUCUGGAGUUCCUCCCCCGGCCGCAAACCCCCCCGGGCGAAGAGAGUGAUGACCCCGCCCACACGGCCUGGAGCCACGCCCUCCCACUGCCCACGCCCGAGGAGAGGAUGAGACAGCAAGCCCUGGCCAUCACCGCCCACAUCGUGCCCAUCGACAUCACAGGGGAGACGUUCGACCGGCAGGCCAGCGUUCGCCGCUCCAUGGUUUCCAUGGUUACCUCGGAUACCACGGACAGGUGGAGGCAGACGACGCCCGGAGUCCCGCGCGACAUCCAGCAAGAAGCUGGGCAGGCUCAACUUCCUGGCCACUCAUCCUACGCCUGCAGCGUGACGUCAUCGCCCGGCCCCCCGCCAACGUGCAACUCCAGCUGCCAGACGGAGGAUGAGGAGGAGGAGGAGGAGGAGGAGGGAAGGAGGGAUGAAGCGGAGGAGAGGACCCUGCCUCCGUCCGCACGCAGGAUACGCGCUCAGAGAGGGCAGGGCGUCUCGGCGCUCCUGUCCAACAUGUCCGCCUCCUGGUCCGGCGACAUCUCUGGCAGCGGCGCGCGCCCCGCGGAGCCGCUGUACCACAGCCUGCCUCGCCUGCACGCCUCCGCACGCACCGAGCCCCGCCACAACAGCGCCCCCUGCUGCCCGGAGGACCAACAUGCAGGCACGCUCCAGACCGGCCACCAGAGCCAGCAAGCUUCCUCCCCUCCCACCGCCAACCCCCCGCCGCCCGAGUCACGGCCCCCGCCCGGCAACCCAGCAUGCCGAGCUGCGGUGCCCCGCAGCGAGUCCAGCCAAUCGGACGCGAGCAGCGCCGUGACUGCAGACCAAUGGGAGUAUGAGUACGAGGCCCUUCCCAGCAGCCCCCUCUCGUCCCGCUGCUCCAGCCCGGCGGGCUGCCGGUCGCUGGGCUCCGCGGGCGGGGCGCGGUCUCAGAGCCACGGCAGCAUCGGGCCGAAGCGGGCUGUGUACCGGUGCUGGCAGCACCACAGCGAGAGGUCCGGCCUGGCCGCCGGCCGGCCCAUGUGCCGCAGCAUCUCCCUCCGCAAGGCCAAGAGGCCGCCAGCCCCCCCGGCCCGCUCCGACUCCCUGCCCUCCACUGCCACGCCCGCUGCCACGCCCACUGCCACGUCCGCUGCCACGCCCUUCACCAGCGCCCCGCACGGCCACGCCUCCUGCAAGGACCUCUGGGUGCUACGCAACCCUGCCCACGCCACACCCCCACAUAGCCCUGCCCAUACCACACCCCCACACAGCCCCGCCCACGCCACACCCCCACAUAGCCCCGCCUACGCCACACCCCCUCAGAGCCCCGCCCAUACCACACCCCCACAUUCCUGGAGCUCCACAGAGUCUCUCCCAGGAGUUUCUAUGGUUACCGCUUCCUCCAAUAGUGUGCCGGCUUCCCCCCCUCCCUCCAUUGGCUGCUCCGCCCAGUUCCACCUGAAACCCUUCACCCUCUCCCAGGGCAGGGUCAAGCCCUCAGUACCUGAGAGGAAGUCUUCCUUAUUGGCCUCCAAACCAGCUCCGCCAUCCCCACCUCCUCUUCCUCCACGCCUGCCCCUUCUCCCUACACCACCCCCCCUGCCCCACCACACCUCCACCUGCUCAAGACACACAUCUCUUACAUCACUUACUCCUAACCCUCCCCCCCCUGUUUGCACUGCGGGGCAGAAUGCCCCCUCUACCCCUGAGAAGAAUCUCCCAAACUCUGUCUCUCUGCUCCCCCUCACCUCUACGCCUCGCAGUGUUCGCGCCCCACCCUCGCCCGUCCCUCUGAAGGGCCUGAGGGAGAUCGGUGAUGCAGAUAAGGGCAUGUGCAGCCUGGGCCCCUCCCCACCCCGAUUCACCACCCCCAUCCUGCAGGUGCUACAGGUGAAACCAAUUCGCUGGGCACCUGCCGGGCUACUACUGCAAGAAGCAGCGCAACAGCGCACCACAUACACACACAAACACACACUCGGACCUGCAUACGAACACACUCCCACACCUGCAUACACACACGAACACACACUCGGGCCUGCAUACGAACACACACCCACACCUGCAUACACACAUGAACACACACUCACAGACUCGGGCAUAAACCCGGACAGCUCUUACCCCCUGCCGAUUUCUGAUGUGAAAACCCAGACGGUGGCAGACCUCCCCUCUGGAAGGCCUGAGGCCUUUCCUGCUGCCAAUCUAAUAAUGCACAACCAAUCAGGCCCGGCGGCCCAGGACCAGGCCCCGCCCCCCACCAGCCCCGCAGCCCCGCCUCACAUCCUCACCGAGAGGCCCAGAGGAUGGGCCCCACUGAAGCCUGUGACAGAGGGAGGGGCCCACACCCUGGGCGCAAACACUGUGCAGUGGGGCGGUAUGGAGCAACAGGCCCCAGGGGAGAACUCCAGAGAUUGGGGCAGUAUGGAGCAACAGGCCCCAGGGGAGAACUCCAGAGAUUGGGGCAGUAUGGAGCAACAGGCCCCAGGGGGGAACUCCAGGGAUUGGGGCAGUAUGGAGCAGCAGGCCCCAGGGGAGAACUCCAGGGAUUGGGGCAGUAUGGAGCCACAGGCCCCAUGGGGGAACUCCAGGGAGUGGGGCAGUAUGGAGGUGGACAGUGAGUCUGGAGGCUCCACCCCACUGAACUGCAGUAGAGAGUCGCUGGUCAGUGAGAUCUCCACCAGAAGCCUGGAGGAGCUCCAGUUCCCUGCCCUCUCCAUCGAGGAGCGAGAGCUUCCCCCGUACCCCUGCGGCUCCGGGGCGGCCGGAGACACGGACUCCGACAGCAGUGCUACAGGAUCCGUCAGCUCCAUGGACGAAAGGAAUGCUGAUGUGUUUGAAGAGAUGCUGGAGGAGCUUCUGACCCCCAUGCCCCCCCGUACCACUGAAGACCUCUUUGUUGCCAUUCACAGGUCGAAGAGGAAGGUUCUGGGCUGGAGGUGUGAGGAGGAGCGUGUGGCCGGCCCCUCCCCCGCCGGCCCGUCGUUGCGCAGCCUGCGCAGAUGUGCGUCCAGCUGCGCCGGCUUCAAGGCCCUGCUCCUGCGCAAGGGCAGCCGGAGCGACCGGGCCUCCCGCCUGUCCGCCGCAGAGAUCCUCCGGCGCUCCGCCCCCCGCUACCAGCUCAGCCAAUCACAGGCCGCCGCCCCGCCCCCCGGCACCAGGGCCGCCCGAUUGGCGGGGGAGCCCCACACGCCGCCCCCUGCUGGCCGCAGGAGGCACUGCAGCCGCUUCCGCCUCGUCAGCCUGAGCCUGAUCCCAGAAUGCACUGCUCUGGAGGAGACACACCCCCUCUGGGGACACGCCGCCUAUGAAGACACGCCCUCUCUGCAGACAUGCCCCCUCUCCCUGGCCCCGCCCCCAUGGGGGGAGGGGGGAAACUGGGCUGAUGCCCUACCCCCCUCCGCAGGAGACCCCAGACUGGAGCACUGGAUCCUGUGA